AUGGCGGCAGUGUCCAGACAGUCACUUGCUGAGUACUCCAUAGACGGAUCCCGAGUGGAGAGAUGUGAGGUAAUCAGGGACCUUGGCGUCUUAAUCGACUCGUCAUUCGAAUUUGGCUCCCACAUCAGCCACAUUUGCUCCAGAGCCUCAAGGUCCUUGGGUUUGAUCAUCCGGACAGUUAAACACGGGCUGAGUACCGGCGCUGCUGCCCUUAUGUUCAGGACACUUUCUCGCCCGCUGCUGGAGUAUUAUUCUGUGGUCUGGUCCCCAUACCAACAUGGACAUAUCAAACAGCUCCAGUCAGUGCAGAGACGCUUUGUGCGAUUUCUGGGAUGCCGUUCUGGGAUGAGAUACUUUGACGUCUCAGUGGACGAGCUGUCGGCUGCGUAUGGUCUUCGGAGUCUGGAGUGCAGACGAAGAGUUGCUGAUAUCUUCUUCCUGUCCAGGCUCAUAAACUGCCAGAUCAAUUGCUCCAGCCUACUUGAAAUGAUCCGGUUCCGCAUCCCCACAGGAACAAGGCAGCAGCAUUUGUUCGAGCUGAGUCAUGCCACUAGGAACUACCUCCGACAUAGCCCCAUCCCACGAUUGAUGCGACUCGGCAACGACAUUUGCUCGUCUGAGGAUUAUUCUCCACAUCCCUUCGAGCCAUCAAACGCAUUGCUGCGGACUCCAGCCCAGACCUGCAUUAGUCAUCUCUUCUAG